AUGGACUCCAACGCCAUGGACAACGACACGCGAGGCUGGGUUAUGUGCGCCUUUAGCGGCCUCGCGUGUAUCUUUGGCGCAUCCGUCAUCUGCAUCGACAUUCCUAUCCGCCUCAUCCCGAGCAAGCGCCACUUCCGCAUCCAAGAGAGCAAUGCCUUCCUUGCCUCGUCACUCAGCUUGAGCUUCGGCGUCAUGCUCUUCUCUGCCCUCUACAGCAUGCUGCCGUCCGCUAUGCGCUACCUCGCCAGGGACAACUGGGAUGAACACAAGGCCGGCUUCUUGAUGAUGGGCUGCUUCAUUGGCGGCUUCUUUGGGAUCCAGGUCAUCUCGCGCGUCUUACACCAGUACAUGCCCUCCCAUGUUGUCGACUGCGACCAUACCCACGAAAAUUUUGAUGGCGAGGAGCACGCCCACCAUAACCACAGCCAUUCUUUUCCCAAGCCAUCUCCUCAACCGAGUGCUGUCUUUGACCCACCACAUAUGACCGAGGUGCACAGCAACAUUACCGAGACCACGCCCCUGAUCCCCACCGAAGCCCCGCGCAAUGGCCAUAUCCAUACCGAACUCGUAAACGGUGAUGCCGCGCCAGCAGCCGAGGCCAUCACUCACUUCCAUGGUCCCCAACGGCGGGCAUCCACGCAAAUCCGACAGGCCUCGAUGAAUGUCCGGAGCAGGGUCAUGUCCUUUUUUCUCAGACACCAAGGCAAACUGCGACGAGGAUGGGCCCUGCUACGGCUACUCGGACCCCUGCGGCCAGGAGUGCUUCAAACACAUCCGGAACGCGCUCUGCCCCUAUCUAGGAGUGGCUCGCUAAUUGACCGAAGACUGCGUUGA